CAACAAAAUCGAGCUUAUAGAUGACUGAUGAGAAAAGCUCUAUGUUUUUCAGAGGGUUUCUCAGCCAAAGCCGAAAAGUCAACUAUUUUGAGCAAUCUCAACCGCCGACUAACCGGUCUCACUCGCUCCGGCGAGAACAGAAACGCUCUCAAGCUCUUCGCCGAUGUUCACCGUUGCACAACUCUGAGACCAGACCAUUACAGUGUCUCGUCUGCAAUCACUGCCGCUGGGCACCUUCGUGAUACCAUCUUUGGUGGCCAGGUACAUUGCUAUGCGAUUCGCUCGGGUAUAUUGUGUCACUCUCACGUCUCCAAUACGCUUCUCUCGCUCUAUGCGAGAUCAGGGGACUUGGUUUCAUUGAAGAGGACUUUCGAAGAGAUAAAGGAACCUGAUGUUUAUUCAUGGACUACGCUUCUCAGCGCAAGUUUUAAGCUUGGUGAUAUCGAGUUUGCCUUUGAGGUGUUCGAUAAAAUGCCUGAGAGAGAUGAUGUUGCGGUUUGGAACGCUAUGAUCACUGGUUGCAAAGAAAGUGGCCAUCACGGAACGAGUAUCGAGUUGUUUCGAGAAAUGCACAAGCUUGGUGUUCGACAUGACAAAUUCGGAUUCUCUACUGUUUUGAGUAUGUGUUACUAUGGUUCUUUGGAUUUCGGUAAGCAGGUGCACUCGCUGGUUAUAAAAGCUGGGUUUUUGGUUGCAUCGUCUGUUGUUAAUGCUCUCAUUACAAUGUAUUUCAAUUGCCAAAUCGCUGUUAGUGCUCGCCUUUUGUUUGAAGAAGCUGAUGUUGCUGUUCGUGAUCAGGUCACUUUUAAUGUGGUGAUUGAUGGUUUGGCUGGUUUCCAAAAGGAAGAGUCUUUAAUGGUAUUUAGACAAAUGCUAGAAGCUGGUCUUAGACCAAACGAUCUGACCUUUGUUAGUGUUAUGAGUUUGUCUUCAUGUGCUGCUAUGGGACGCCAAGUACAUGGACUAGCAAUCAAGACUGGGUAUGAAGACUAUACAUUGGUCAGCAAUGCCACAAUGACAAUGUAUUCUUUGUUUGAGGAUUCUGGUGCAGCUCGUAAGGUUUUCGAAUCAUUGAAAGAGAAAGAUUUGGUUACUUGGAAUACAAUGAUCUCGGGUUAUAACCAAGCGAAAUUGGGUGCGUCUGCGAUGUCGUUAUACAAGCAAAUGCAAAGAAUAGGAGUUAAACCGGAUGAGUUUACUUUCGGAAGUCUUUUAACAAGCUCUCUGGGUUUAGAUAGCUUAGAGAUGAUUCAAGUGUGUGGAAUCAAACUUGGGCUUAGUUCAAAGAUCGAAAUUUCCAACGCGUUGAUAUCUGCAUACUCCAAGCAUGGAGAGAUGGCGAAAGCGGACCUAAUAUUCGAAAGAACUACGAAGAAGAAUCUAAUCUCAUGGAAUGCGAUACUCUCAGGGUUUUACAAUAACGGGUUUCCCUUUGAAAGUUUGAAAAGAUUCUCUAGCUUGCUAGAAUCAGAGGUCCUAGUCUUACCUGAUGCUUAUACUCUUAGCACUCUUUUGAGCAUUUGCGUAAACAUUUCGUCUUUGAUUCUCGGGAAGCAGACUCACGCUUAUGCCUUCAGACACGGGCAAGUCAAUGAGACAUUGAUAGGUAAUGCCCUCAUAAACAUGUACUCUCAAUGCGGGACUAUACAAAAGUCUCUUGAAGUGUUCAAUCAGAUGUCACAAAAAGACGUUGUGUCAUGGAACUCUAUGAUCUCUGCGUACGCAAGACACGGGGAAGGAGAGAACGCGAUUCUUACCUACAAGACGAUGCAAGAUGAAGGAAAAGUGGAUCCAGAUGCAGCCACUUUCACAGCGGUUCUCUCUGCUUGCAGCCACGCCGGUUUAGUGAAUGAGGGACUCGAGAUUUUUAACUCAAUGGUGGAAUUUCACGGCGUGGUACCAAAUGUGGAUCAUUUCUCUUGCUUAGUUGAUCUUUUUGGUCGAGCUGGUUACCUCGAUGAAGCGGAAAGCUUGGUGAAGAUGAGCGAGAAGAGCAUCGGGUCUCGUGUUGAUGUGUGGUGGGCUUUGUUUAGUGCUUGUGCUGCUCAUGGAGAUUUGAAGUUGGGGAAGAUGGUUGCUAGGUUAUUAAUGGAGCAAGAGAAGAAUGAUCCAUCGGUUUAUGUUCAGAUGGCGAACAUUUACGCAGGGUCUGGUUUGUGGAAAGAAGCAGAAGAGACCAGAGAAGCCAUGAACAUGCUUGGAGCUAUGAAGCAACGUGGUUGCAGCUGGAUGAGAAGUUAGGUUGGUGCUAACCGGUACACCCGGUUUAUUAAAUCGAAAACCGGUACUUGUUUAGAAAACGAAUUGGAGUUGCGUAUUUUUUUCAUUUUUUCAUCUAGUAAUAAAGAACUUAAAACUCUCUACAUAUAGAA